AUGAGCGCCUUUUUCCAGGCGGCCGGGAAGAUGGUGGACAUUCAGACUGAGCGUGCCUACCAAAAGCAGCCAACCAUCUUUCAAAAUAAGAAGAGGAUUCUGCUUGGGGAAACUGGCAAGGAGAAACUCUCGCGAUACUACAAAAACAGCGGUUUGGAUUUCAAGACACCCAAGGAGGCCAUUGAGGGCACCUAUAUUGAUAAGAAAUGCCCCUUUACUGGUAACAUCUCCAUCCGAGGGCAGAUUCUGUCUGGUGUGGUGACCAAGAUGAAGAUGCAGAGGACCAUUGUCACCCACCGAGACUACCUCCAUUAUAUCCGAACCUCCAUUGUAUACAACCGCUUUGAGAAACACCACAAGAACAUGUCGGUGCACCUGUCCCCCUGCUUCAGGGAUGUCCAGAUCGGCGACAUUGUCACAGCGGGCUGAGUGCCGGCCCUUGAGCAAGACUGUGCACUUCAACGUGCUCAAAGUCACAAAGGCCGCUAGCACCAAAAAGCAAUUCCAGAAGUUCUGAGACUAGACGUCUGUCCACACCCC